AUGAUUCAAGUAACAAGAAAGGGGUUGUCACCCAAGGACUUGGAAAUAUUCGAACUACUUGAAGAGUGGUAUUCAUCUCAUCCACGCCCACUUGCAGUUGUUCUCGAUCGAUCUCUAGAGAACACUCAUCCGUUAAAAUUGGAGGUCAAGAGAGUAGAUGGAGGAGAAGAUGGUGACAAUAUUGCCUUUAAAUCAACAGAUCAACUCAUUCAAUGGUUUCUUGAUUUCCAAGUGUGUAUGGUCCGUGCUCAAUCAAUUAUAUCACAUCGUGUGUUUCGAAGCGCAAACAAAACAUUCACACUUAAACUUGGGUAUGUGGAAGGAACAGAAGAGGUUGUAAAAUGUAGAAAGAUUCAAAUCAAAAACUAUCAUUUCAUCGAUAAUCCAUCCAAAAAGCAAUCUCUUCCAAAAUUGUUUGACAACAAAUACCAGAUCAGAUUGGAGGUAAGAGAAAAUGGCCAAAUGUUUCUCUAUCAAUACAAGAGUGCAAUCUUUAGACACAAUUCACUCACUCAUGAGUUGACUGUUGAGCUUACAAUGCGUGUUGUCUCUGUCACCCAUUACUCGCGACACUUUAGCUUUCAAUCUAACAGCUUAAAUAAUUCAGCAAUUGUUGUAAACACAAAGACAACAUCUUCUCAUUAUUUCUCCGAGUGUAACAACAACAACAACAACAACUACAAACGUAGCGAUUUGGUGCAUUUUGGUCGUGGAAUCAUCGAUUUUGAUUUUAUGAUAGUAUCGAUCAAGAGAGAAUUUGGAACCGUAUCUUCGAGAGAGGAGGAAAAGGUUGAACAAGAAAAUGAUGUAGAUGAAGAAGAAGAAGAAGAAGAAGAAGAGAUCGUACAACCAAACAAAUAA